AUAGGAAUGGCAUCAUCCUCAAACUUCAUGGCUCCACCGCCAAAAAUGAACAAAACUUCGUCGAUGAAUAGUCUGAGAAAGACUCUAGGACUCAAGAAACCUAAUAAUGGAGAGCUCUCAAUGGUUCCAUCUCGUCCGAUAGUGUCCCCAACACUAUCCUCACCUUUGCAGGGCUCUGGAGCAGCUCCACUGGAGAAAGACUAUCACUCAUUAGAGUAUCGACUCACACACGGACACUGGAGGAUUUUCAAUUCAAAAAGUGUCUUUGGAAAUAAGGACGCAUCCGUUUUGGUUUUCGAUAAAAAGAGCAAUGUGAAAGCGCCGCCAAAACUUGGAAAAUCGAAAACCUACUCAAUGUUUGAUCUCAUCAAGUAUGAAACACAACAAUUAAUGGGUCUCAUUCACCCAAGAAUUCUUCACAUGGAGCACAGUUUGGAAGAAACAAAAGACUAUAUUUCAUUUGCCACUGAACAAAUUUUUGGAAAUUUGGAAAACGUGGUAACAGAUGAAUCACUCGAUCGACUUGAGAUUAAGCUCGGAGUACUUCAGAUAAUCGAUGGAAUGUCAUAUCUCCACAACUCAGCAAAGAUGCUUCACGGAAAUCUCACUCCAGACGCUAUUUAUGUAACUGCCACUAAGACUUGGAAAAUUGGAGGAUUCAGCUUUGCAGUUAAUGCUAAAGAACCGAACUGCUACCCAUGUUAUCCGUGGACUAAAAAACUACCACCAUGCUUGCAACCAGAUCUCGAUUUCCUUGCUCCAGAAAACUUGGCACCGGGCCAAACUACAGUGACAAGUGCAGCAGACGUAUUCUCAUUGGGUGUACUUAUUUGCUGGAUUUAUGCUGGUGGAAAACGUUUAAUCGAUGCCAAAAGUAACCUGGAAACAUAUCAUAUAGUUGUCGGUCAACUCGAUGCAGCACUUCAAUGUAUUUCAAAUGAAUUGGGACCAAAUCUAAAAGAUUCAAUGGCUAAAGUGUUGUCUCUGGAUGUGGAAGUUCGUCCAACCGUACAACUUCUUUCACUAAUUAAGCAUUUUGAUGAUCCAUGUCUUUCUGCGUUGCGGCAACUUGAUGAUAUUGCACAGGUGUUCGACCCAUCUCAAAAAUCGCAUUUCUUGAGUCAAACUCUAAAUGUAGCAAUUCCCCAUAUUUCCGAAUCAGUUUGGUUCAAUCGGGUCUUACCACGAUUUAAUGAGCAAUUAUUGGAACUUCCUGAGAUGUAUUAUCCGAUAACAAAACCACUUUUCCACAUACUCGAGCACUGUGAAAGUCACAAUAUUCACAAGAUGAAACCAUGGAUUCGAAAGCUUAUGGAGGCGGCUCCCCAUAAUAAACUGCUUCGAGCGUUUAUUUUGGAAAACAUGUCAGCUUUGUUUAGAAGACUAUCAGAUGAAUUUGUGGAGGAUAAGUGCUUGGAUGUUAUCAUUUUAUCACUCAAGUCCGAGGAUACGUCGCUGCAGUCGAGUGCAGUUCGAGGCCUUCCUCAUGUCGCCGAGUACUUGCCAGUUGGAUUUAUCACCAAAAAACUGAUUCCAGCAAUAAUGGGUCUCCCACCAUUCCUUCAUGAAAAUGUACCUCGCCAGCUUGAUCUACUUGCUGCGUUGGCAGCUCUUUCGGAUCGUUGUGAUGUUUCAAGUAUUGUGCAUUUAUUCGGAUGCAUUUCACUUUGCAACUCAUCUCAUCCAGUUAUUGUUCAUGCAAAGUCAAGAAUUGUUCAGCGCCUUGUCAUGCGUGAUCCGAAUCGAUUAAAAGACUCCCAACUUCUGAGUAUUCAUCUUUUGAAUCCACUAGUCAAUGGAUUGGCAUGCAAAGAUUUGAGCACAUUCAGCUGUGCUCAUUUUGAUGAUGUAUUAAGUUCUGUAAGAAUUCUGCUUGAUGUUCUUGAACAACGGCGAUAUGAAAUGGAAGAUCGUCAAGAACACAAACAAAGUAAUCAUCAUCUUGGAUUAAAUCGUCUUGGAAAUCGAAGAGUUUCAAUGUCUUCUACUAACUUGCCACGUGUAAUGAUCAGCGCUGCCCGUCCUUCAUUCUCAUCUGAUUCAAGAAAGAUGUCAUUCCUAUCAGCAGAUGGAAGACUAGAAGAUAGAGGAAGUAGAAGAGAAUCAAGAGAUUCACGUGGAAGUUUGGAAAGUGAUAUGAGUAUUCGAAUAGGAAAUGGUUCUGAUAUAUCAGAUGAUUCAUGUUUUUCAAGUCAUUCCGCAAAAGGAAGAAGACAAAGUUGGUUAGAUGGAUAUGGUCAUUCGGUUAGCUUAGAACAGAAUACAAAUGGAUUUUUGGAAACAACUUCAAGAAACCUUGGUGAUCGGAAUAGUAUGAAUUUCAAACAGAGGAAUGCGCGCGCCUCAGAAAGACGAGCCCGAACCCGAUCUCCGAAUGCUGAACUGGAUCCUCAACGUGAACAACCACCUGCUCGACCAAACUCAUUUACAAAUCUCGGCCACAACAUUGUUCUCACCUACCGUAAUCUUUUGUACAAAGAUCAUACCUAGCAUACUUUGUUUUGUCCACUUUCUCAUUUCCCGUACAGUAACAUUUGUGAUAUUUUGCCCACUUCCGAAUGAUUGGUUUUUAUGUGAAAAAAUAACUUCAAUUUUAAUUUUAAAGAAACAAACAAUUAAUACAGGAGUUAAUACUUUG